ACUGAGACAAUCAGUGACCUGCACCUCUACAAACUGAACACGGCAGAAACCUCCACCUGCAGUUUGCAGAGACGAGCAGAUUGUUGGAAAACGCAGUGAAGAUGUAUCUCCUGUCCCCGAUGAUGCUGGUCCUGCUGUCGGCUGGAACCAGUUUGGCUGCUGUGAAUAUGGACUGGCUGACUAAUAUUGUUAGAGGCAUCAGGACACAGUACAGAAUAGACAGACAAUUCUGUGUGGCUGCAAACAUCCCACUGAAUCUUCCACCACAGGACCUCGCUAAUGUCCUUCGGAACGACGGCAACACAGAGGAUGUUGAAGAUGAACUUACAUAUAGUAAGGUGUACCAAGGCAGGAGUGUGACUAUAGCCAAACCUGUACGCCAUGAACAUGCAGAAUAUAUAGUUCUGAAAAACUUGGGCCAACUGAGCUCCAAUAGCGAGGGACACUUCCUGCUCAUCUACUCUUACCUCUCCCCAUGUGCAGGCCAGUGUGCAAAUCCCGAUGACUGGCACAACAUCCUUCAAUACAUUGUUGCAAAUGUUAUUCCAUAUUGGACAAAUUAUGCCUUUGUGUUUACAACAGUCUACGAUAACCCCAAUGAUGGUAGUACCAUUAGCAGACAAGACUUGACAAAAGCAGUAAAAGAGCUUGGGAAGUCUGGGCUUGGUCUUAGAAACAUUUUCCGCUGUUACCAACCAGGUCGUUUACCAUUUCAGUGCCACAGCUGCUCUUCACAGGGGAGAGUUUCAGAUGUAUGCGUUGAUAACAACUUUGUGCCUCAGCAGGGUAGAAGCAGAAGCAGCAGCAGAAGCACCAUCAGAAGCAGUAGCAGUGGCAGUAGAAGCAGGGACACAAGUAUGAGCACAGACAGAAGUAGAAGCACCAGUAGAAGCAGAGACAGAAGUAUGAGCACGGACAGAGGUAGAAGCACCAGUAGAAGCAGAGACAGAAGUACGAGCAGAGAAAGAAGUAGAAGCACCAGUAGAAGCAGAGACAGAAGUAUGACCAGAGACAGAAGUACGAGCAGAGACAGAAGUAGAAGCACCAGUAGAAGUAGUAGCGGCAGCAGUAGAAACAGGGACAGAGGUAGAAAGAGACAGAGAAACACGAGCAGAGAAAGAAGCCCAAUUGGAUGAGGAAGCAGAGGUUGGACGAGUUUUGGGGUCUGAUGUGAUUCAGUUUAGAUUUAUUAGACUUAUUAGAACCUGAACCUAAAACUUCCCCUGAACCUGAAUCCUGACUGACGCUGGGGACACACAGAAAGUCGACAUGCAGCAAAGCGUCCUGAAGUGCUGUCUGCUUCCUUUUGGUGCCCAAUAACUGAGCAGUUCAUACAACCUCUAUUUUUUCCGCGAUAAAAUUGGGCAAGAAAAACAGACCGAUAACAUAAAUGAAAUAUUGAAUUAUUUGACUGAUAAAUGUUGAAAUAUGCAUCCCUCGCCUGCCAACCCUGUUUCAAUAUUGAUUCACAGUUUUUCUCCCCACGUGAUGAAAUAUCAAAAUCUGAUCAUCCACUAUAUUUAUCAUUAACAGUAUCACUGCUGUUUGUCAUUGUGUUGUUUGUGCCAAUAGAUCAAUCACAGUGCUUUGCGGUGUGUUGGCCUCUUGUGUGGCCUCUCCAUGCUUAGUAAUGCAAUCUAACUUCUGUUAUGAAUUGGAACUGAAAGUCCCAUUACCACCUUUCAAGACUGAACUCUCACUUCCACUUUUUUAGAAACUACUGGCUGGAAAUAUACAGUGUUGGAGGUAUUUUACACACAAUAGAGAUUACAUUUGUUUGCAGACGAUCUCCUGUCAUAUCAAAGUGAUCAUCAUUAAUAUAGUGAAACAUUUUAGAGAGAAAAUUCUACUUGACUGCAGAUUUAAUUUACUUAUACUUCUAUAUAUGUGUAUACAAUGUGGAAUGUAAUUCAUGUAUACAUAUACUGUAUAUGUUUUUUAUUAUACAACUGUGUGUUUAUUUUAUUAUGCUACUUGUUUGGUAUUAUGAUGCUUAGCUAAUAUAUGUGUAGGCAGUAUGGGGUGGUUGGGUCAAAUGUUUGUGAACACUGUUUCUCAAAUAAAAAUAUGCAUUAAA